CCCGGCAGCAGCUUGGAAAGAGAUCAGCCGAGAGCAAACCCUGCCCAGAGGCAGCUGUGUUGGUCCUCUGACUUUUGUGAUCCGUUCUCUGCAAUUUAGAACUGCGACAAGCACCAACCAAAUCAGGCAAGAGCAUGAAGUUCCAACAGGCGGCGCUGCUGAGCACGGUGCCGCUCUUGUUCCUCGCCAAUUGCAUAUUCGCCUCCAAGCCUUCCAGUGUGAACCUGAAGACGUUCGUUGGCUGUGCGGUCCGUGAGUUCACCUUCCUGGCCAAAAAACCGGGGUGCCGGGCACUGCGCAUCACCACAGAUGCCUGCUGGGGCCGAUGUGAGACUUGGGAGAAACCAGUGCUGGACCCACCAUACAUCGAAGCGCACCAUCGGGUCUGCACGUACAACGAGACCAAGCAGGUCACCGUGAAACUGCCGCACUGCGCAGCCAACGUCAACCCUUUCUACACGUACCCCAAGGCCAUCCGGUGCGGCUGUGGCGUGUGUCUCACCUCCACUACUGAAUGCGAGACCAUCUGACUCCUCGAACGAC